AUGGGCGUGAUUCCGCAGCUUUCUCGACCUCCUAUUCAGGGAAUUCGUGGUAUUCUUCCACUUGUUGCGCCAGUUGUCAGACCAGCGGUCCCAAUUGUUGCACCAGCAGAAAAACCACAAACAACGGUGUAUGUUGGAAAAAUUGCUUCAACUGUUGAAAAUGAAUUCCUGGAGUCACUACUUCGAGUAAGCUUAUGCUAUUUUGUUCAAGAUAAAUUACUGUUUUGGAUGCAUACACAUAUUUCUUUUCGUUCAGAAACCUUGUGACGACCAUGUGAUUUCUAAUGUGUUGCUUAUAUGAAGCUUUGUGGACCUGUGAAGAGUUGGAAGCGUGCUGAGAACCCAUCUGAUGGUACUUUUAGAGGAUUCGGCUUUUGUGAAUUUGAGUCAGCUGAAGGAGUUCUUCGUGCUCUGCGACUCUUAAAUAAACUCAACAUGGAUGGACAAGAGCUGGUGGUAUGUCUAUUUAUUUUGAGAUCUUUAUGAUAAGUCUUUUUCAAGUUGAUUAGUCAUUCACCAUCUUCUCAAAUGUAACACUUACUAGUGCCUCUGAUUCCGGCUACUUUAUCCUUUUAGUUUUUCCAUAAUGUUAGUUUUGCCGACUUUUAGUUUAGGCUAAAAUAAAUCAGUGCAAAGCUUCUUGUAAGUAUCCCCUAACAAUUUGAUUUUUUUUCAGUUUGUAUUAUUCUUGUAUUUCUGCUCUUAUUAUGUAUUUGCUUCCUCUCAAUUUAAUUAGGUUCUAACUGCCUCUUUAUUUAGUUACUGCUUUUCUUUUGACCACAUCUGUUGAUGGUAACCUUUUCACACUGAUGAUUGUGCGGGAAAUAAAAUCUCGGUCGUUUCUCCUUUUCAUCAGCUCUAUGAUAUUGGUUGCUUAUCGUGCAAUAAUUUGUAAAUUUUUGUGCUUGAGGAUGCUGUAAUAAAGUCGGAUCAUCUCUUCUUCGUAUGCUAUGUUAAAUUGGGGCUGUUCAACAAUCAAAUGCUGCUAUCUACCUGGCUGCUAUGUUGUUUAUUUUGGUUGCUUUUUCUCACAGAUAAGAGUUGAAGAGGGGCUUAUGAAUGUUUAAGCUAUUAUUAAUUUGGUUGGUGGAGCUUGGUUACAUCUGGGGGGACCUAUAUAGGCUAGAGCAAUGCCAAUUUUCAACAGACAAAGUGAAGCUGGUUAUUGAUCAUUGAGAUUUGAAGACGACCCAGGUGAUCUAGGUGGUGAUCUGCCACCUCACUGCCUAGUGACCUGAUGGGGUGCUGGGUCAGGCGUAACUUUGAUUUAUAUUAAUAAGUAAGAUUUGUGGAAAAUAUAAACGCAAAUAACACCUGUACAUCCAGCAAUUAAAAAUAAAAAUAUGGGGAACAUGUUACUUAAAUUUAUUAAAAUAAUUUUUAUUUAGAACAAUAUAUGGAUUAAUAUGCGUAUUUUAAUUUGAAUUAAAUAUAAUAUUAUCUAAAAUAUAUUGCAUAUUACAAAAAAUAUAAUUUUGGCGGUAGCAUUUGCCCAGUGAUUAUUCAUUGCAAGAUGAUGUGGAUUCAUGUUUUCGUUCACUAGUACAGACUGUACUUUUCUUGUUGCAACUGUGGUCUGAAUGCUGGUGCAUGGUUGCUUGCAAUGAACGAGUGUGAUCUUACUCCUGGACGUGAAAACGAGUGUUUGUGUUCUUUGCGAAUGCCAGCUUGGCAAGGUGGUCAGAUGUCGUAGUUGUCUUGGCAGCCUCCUGUCCAAGAUAUUGGUGAUAACUUGAAAAUUCUGCUGAGCAUAAUCAUUUUCUAACGCACAAUUGUUUGCUGUUUUUGACGAAAACGUUUCAAAUGCAUAAGUUAUAUGCAACCACCCUGCUACCUAGAGAUUUUUUUGAUAAACAAUAAUAAUGCUUGGUACCCUCACUACAUAAAUGAGAGGUAGGUAUCUCUAAAAGGAUAAUGGGGAAAGAGCUCGGAUAAGAAAAAAUCUAUUGUAGUGGGGAAAGUGGAAGAGGAGAAGGAGUUCAGAAGGGGUAAAGACGGGAAAAAUACACCAAAGGGAGACAAGAAAGAACAUAUAGAGUUAGAAGGCCUUAUUUGCUGACUUCAUAAAAAAAUACAUCCUGUCGAUGCAUUUCCAAUCUCUAGCAGCAUUUCUUCCCUAGUGUCUGUCCUGUCCAGCUCUGGUGCCCUUUUCGUAUCUUUGUUUGUUAGAAAGUCGGUGGUCUCUGCUCUAGUGUCUGUUUAGAUCUUCAACUUAUUUCUCGUCCUUUAGCUGGAUUCCUCGCAAUCAAUGUUCAACAUUGAUUGCUCUGUUCAUUGUUUCAUCGUUCAUCUUAAACUUUACCUGGCCCUUUGUUCUUUGUUUGACGCUCAUCUUCUUUCCUUUCUUCUCUAAGCCCUCCUUCUUAGUAGAUGACUUCAGUUUCCCUUCGAUUUCGUAUUUUGAUUAUGGGUAAUAUGAAACUUUGCCUUUGUCUUAUGGCCAAUCUCCACUCUAUGGUUCCUCUCUCUCUCUCUCUCUCUCUCUCUCUCUCUCUCUCUCUGUAUGUGUGUCUAUAUAUAUAUAUAUGUACACACGCACACACAUCUCACCCCAGCUCUCAAAUUUCUCUCUCUACUACUUUCUGAGUUUUAGUAUCUCUUCCUCUUCAAGCCCCUUUCUCCCUCUCUCUCUGUGUCUGUGCUAAUAAGCACCAGACUUGGCCAAAGCGUCAGAUGCAACUGGGAGAGAUUACUUCAUUUCAAAGCAGUCUUUUUAACAAAAAAAUUAAGGAUUAUAUUUCAUCACCUUGUUAUUAGAUUACAGCGUUCCAGAGAUACGACCAUUACGCUCACGAGCAGAAUCAACGCUUGAGCCUACCUUCGCACUCCUCCGUUACUCUUUAGGAGGCAUUGAAUUAGUACAUCAGACUUAUAGUAGGAUUUGCCUUGGGGAAAAUGCGAUAACAUCCCAAAUCAUAGAAUGACGAACUUGUCUUAUUUGAUGAAAAUAAGACAGAAACAGAAACAGAUGAAGAAGCAGAAACAGUAGAAGAAUUAGGAACAGAUUGGAGAGUCGCAUGCAACUCCCGAUCUGAACCCCCAAGCCCUCUUGUUGAUCCACGAGCACAAUACCACCGAUUCCCCCCCUUGAUCCCUUCGUUUCUUGCUCCUUAUCCUGCUCCUUGUUAUAACUGCUACUUGUCAUAGUUGCUCUUUGCUGUAACCGCUCCUUUCUAUAACUGCUCCUUUCCCUCCAUCCUUAAAAGUAAUGCUGACCAUUACUCUCUUAUUGGGCUUUGGGCCUUCUUCCUUCUAAAAUUAGUUUGAAUUCUUUCCUCAGAUUGCAAGUUUUCUGUAGAUCAUGGUAAUUCGUAGAAAUGCCUUCUGGAAUUAUUAAAUAGGUUUCACCCAAAUUACAGAUGGCUCCAUAACUACAUAUUGAAAAUAUGGAUCAUAAGAAUGGCAGACAAUUGGUUGUUUGUGAAUAGAGCAGCUGCGUUUUUGCAAUUGCAGCCAACAAGUUGCGACCUGCCUUUUUGUGUAGAUUUUGUCCUUUGUUCGGAUAAAAAUGUUUACUGAUGAAAUCAUCCAUAACUUAAGUAUAAUGAUUAUUAAUGACGACAAUUCAUUGUUGGCCAAUCAACUAUUCUAUUAUUUAAAUUUUUUUCGCAAAAAUUUCUUUUUGAUAUUCAUUUGUAUGUGUAGACAUGCUUCAUCUCAUUUGUCAAAAUUUUACAUUGUUCUAUUAUUUAAGAAUAUUUCUAGAUAUUAGGGAAAGGCAAACCUACUCAUCUUUUCUUUUCACUUACCUAAGGUAUGCUCUAUCUAACUCACCCGUGUCCUUGUUCAGUGGAUAAUAUUUCUCGUUUUGUCUUGGAUUAAAAAUAGGCAAGUAUCCUAUGCAUUAUUGGUAAAGAUGAGUCUUCCACUAUUGAAGCCCUAGAUACAUGCAGUAGCAUGCACCUUUUUGGUGUGCACUGUUUCUCUUCUAUAGGGACGUUUCUUCUUGAUUGUGAAUGAUGCUUUUUCCCCAUUUUCUUUCUUAAAUGACUAUGCUGUACUCUGCAUUUUCAGAAGAAAGUAAUUAGGGUUCAUGGAAAGGUGUGUACUUUUGUAGAGUGGCUUAUGACUAUCAUUACAUGUGGGUGAUGCCUAAUUAAAUUCAUUACACCGUAAUUCUCUGAACCAUCAAAGCAUUAAGUGAACAUAAGUUUUUGGUUUAGAGGGUAUGACUGGGUACUUGUGUUAACAUUGCAUGUCUAGUCUUUGUAAAUAGUCUUCGUAUCAUGAGAUGAAUCGGUGUAUGUAGUUGGACGUGCAAUAAAGUACCGGAACAUGGACCAUGAGAUGAGGUAUACAAAUGCUAGGGAUAUUAUCCUUUUAAAUGGGGGAUUAGUAAAAACUAUAGUCAACACAUACUUAAUUAUUUAGUCUCUUGAACCUUAUAAGCUAGCAAUUAAUCAACGAUUCUUUUCUUUGAGGUAAGACGUUCCUAACUUUACUGUCAAGUGAACUGUGGGAAGUCGCCCACUCAAAUUCCAUGCUAUUAAACAACCUUGUCUGCAUCUGCAGGACGAUGAUCAUUAUUUCCAAGCCUUAGAUGAAGAUUAGUAAUGACAUCAGCUAUGAGCAAUUUUGUGAAAUUAUAAUUUCUCAACUUUGACCUGGAAUUUUUUCGUCGUUUCAAGUUUCUUUUAGUGGAAAGAAUACAAAUUUUGAAACACCAAUGGUAGAUUGUGGCAAGUUCAUUCCUAUCCUCUGCAAGCUUAUGUUUAUUAUGAGUUUUUUAAAAAAUUUCUUUUCAUGCCCUUGCGUGGCUUUCCCUUAAGGAAAAUACUUGUUCAUGUGCAUAUUGUUGAAUGGAAUUUCUUUACUCUCACAAGCUAUAGAUGCGUAUGAUAUAUACUUCUUUGAUCACUAAUACUCUCCGAAUGUUUCUUCGCUCAUAUUUUUUCUGUGGUUAAUCUAUACUGAUUAGCUAUAUAUGAUGGUUGGACAGCUCAAUGUUAACCAAGCUACUAGGGAAUAUCUUGAGCGAUACGUUGAUAAAAAGACAGAGAGGGAAAAGCUUAAGGAAUCUGAAGCCAAAGUUUCUGAGCCAGAAAAUGGAAGUCCAUCAGGUCCUGAGAAACAGGAGCCUCCAAAGCCCGCAGAUGAAAGCCCUGAGGCAAAUGAAGAAUCUGAGAACAAGGAGAAGCAAGACAACGCCCAGAAAUUUGGUAUCGUUUCCGAGGAAGAUCGUGAUGCUGACAGGGAUGCUCUGGAGAGGCUCACGAACAUGAUGCAGGAGAGGCUGAAGAACAAGCCACUUCUUCCUCCGCCACCUUUCGAGACUGCUUCUGAUACCGCGAAGUCAAACUCUGAGGCUCCCAGUAAAUCAAGGGAUGGAGACUCGGACGUGGAUAUCAUUAAACAUGGUCAGUCCUGGUGAAUGAGACCCAUUGUCUGCAUUCAUACUCUUCCUCUUGUCUUUCUUGUUGUUAAUAUUGUUGAUGAUUUUGAUUUAAUAAGUCAUGAUUUCUUCUCGUGUUUUAGAUGCAGGUGAAGAUAAAAGAGAUGAUGAGAUGAUGAGUGAGACCAAGCCACCAGCUGACCAUGAUAGAUCUGAAGCAAGCUCAUCUGAUAGGACAAAGAGGCGAGAUAGAAGUCGAGAGAGAGACAGGGAGAGGGAUCUUAAACGGGACAAAGAGAGAGAACUUGAAAGAUAUGAGCGGGAACGGGAGAGGGAGAGAGUGAGGCGGGAGAGAGAACGUGAGAUGAAAAUUAGGGAGAGUGAGCGCCUGUACAAGGACCUUGUGAAGGAUUGGGAGUCUCGAGAAAGAGAGAAGGAAAACCAGAGGCUGAGAGAGAUGGAGAGGGAGAAGGAGAGAGCUCGUGAACGCCGCAGGGAAAUCAAGGAUCAGGAAAUUGACAGUGACGACGAUGACACUAGGAAACGGAGACACAGGAGUAGCAUGCUCGAGGAGAAGAGGAGGAAGAGGCAGCGUGAAAAGGAAGAAGAUUUGGCUGACAGGUUACGGGAAGAGGAGGAAAUCGCAGAAGCCAAGAAGAGGGUGAUUGAGGAGCUGAAGCGGAAGGAAGAAUCUCGCCUAUCCGGACAAGAAAACGGGGACAAGGGUAAAGUGGCCCCAGAAGAAGAAAUGCUUGUGGAAGAUCAGCCGGAGCUUCCUGCUGAGAGACCCGAAGCGAAUUUCUCUUUCGAUGGGGAGAAUGAUAGUGCUGGUAAGUCUUAAGAUCUCCUUCCGUUCUAGUUCUCUAACUGCACCACUCCUAAAAUGUUUCCUUACUCUUGACUUCUAAAGGAGAGGAAGCCCUCCGGAGUGGCGAUGGCAAUGAUAAUGGCAAUGGCAAUGGCAAUGGCAAUGGCAUGCUCCCAGAUUUACCGACAGCAUCAGAGCCAAAGCAGGGGAGCAACAUCUCCUCCCUUAAGCUGGGCUUUGGUCUAAUGGCAUCUGGGAAGCGGGCAGCCGUCCCGUCGGUCUUCCACCAAGAGGACGAUGAGGGCGUGCAAGACAAGAAGAUGAGGCCUCUGGUCCCCAUCGAUUACUCUACCGAGGAGCUCCAGGCAGUGCAGGCCACUGCGUCCGGGCCAUCCGCCAACCUGGUGGCGGCUGCCGAAUUCGCCAAGCGCAUUUCAGUGGCUAACCCGAAAGAGGACCGGCCCGAGCCAGAGGAAAGGAGCAGGAGAUCAAGCCAGAGGGACCGGAGUCGGGAUGACGACGAACACGGUCGCACGAGAGAUGUUCAUAGAGAGAAGACACACGAGAGGCCUCAUCGGGGCAGAGAUGAGGAAGAUAAGGUCAGAUCUUCUGAGAACAGGAAGCUUUUGGAUGCCAAGCAGCUGAUCGACAUGAUUCCGAAGACCAAGGAGAAGCUGUUUGCAUAUGAGAUCAACUGGGAUGUCUACGACAAGGUCUGCAGCUUUCCCAUCAAGAGAAACAUGAAUUAAUUUAUUUCUACAUUAAAGUUGGUAUUAAUUUGUGGUUGAAUGAUCUAUUUGCUGUGAAUUUCCAGCAUGAGCUGCAUGAGAGGAUGAGGCCGUGGAUCUCGAAGAAGAUAACAGAGUUUCUGGGGGAGGAGGAGACCACCCUGGUGGACUACAUCGUUUCGAGCACGAGGGAGCAUGUUCACGCCUCACAGAUGCUGGAGCUGCUUCAGUCGAUCUUGGACGACGAGGCUGAGAUGUUCGUCCUCAAGAUGUGGAGGAUGCUCAUCUUCGAGAUCAAGAAGGUGGAGACCGGCCUCGCCUUGAAGACUAAAUAA